UACAUAUUUGACAUUUUCUCAUACACAAGCGCACAACGUGUGAAACAACUGAAAGUCAGCUGGUCUCAGUCAGUCUUUCAUUUGUUAUGGCUCGUGACUGGUGCUGAGUUGUUUCCAUUUGUGGGCGCAUUUGUUCAUCAACGAAAAGCAACGAAACAUUAUCGUUAAACGACAAUAAUCCGCGUGUAAUCGACGCCCACAGCAAAAUGUCCGAGUGCGAGAAGGAAGAAGCGCUGAAUCUUCAACGCGAGUUUGAGUGGGUCCUACAUCAGGAAGUACACACAGCUCUUCAUCAAAUUCACCAAAUACUUGUGGAAUGUGCCAGAAGAUUUCCCGUGUAUUUAUAUGGACAUGAUAAUUCUCAAAAUCAGGACAAGUUUGUAUUGUCAGUGCCAGCUGAGCAGCUUAAAUGUGCAGUCACCCUAACCGGCGAUAGCAUUACACAUGCUGACAUCACAUUUCGCGUGCAACGCCAACAGAACACCUCGUUUCGAACGGCGAUUCAGACGGAUAAUCCGUGGAAACUGCAGCAGGUGCAGGAUGCCGCCAAUCAUCUGCAGCAGGCCAUUCAUCACAUUGAUGAUGUGCCCAAACAUUACAAAUUUAAGUCAUCUGAUGAAGUGUUACAUAUUUUAGGCAACAUAUUAGGUAGUUUACAGAGGGGCAGGACUAGUUUAAUAGUGCCAAGAAAGAAAGCCAUUGAUGAUUUAAUGAAAAGCAGAAAUAUGAAAUCUUUGUCACCGAAUCUACCAGAAGACUUGGCAAUAAGCUUCUAUCUGCAAAGUCACAAACUCAUCUUUGCUGUUUAUCAACUGAGCAACAAUCACGGCCAGAUGAAAUUUGACAUGACGCACGCGGAAUGUUCAGUGCCUUGGUUGAAUGAGGUGUUAAUGCUGUUCACUGUUGGAUUACAACUUUGCCAACAGAUAAAAGAUAAAAUUUGUGUAUUUUCACAAUAUAAAGAUUUCACCGUGGGAUCGCGUCCCUCUAGCCCGCUGACAAAUUAAACUAUCAAUGUUCAAUUUGGAAAUGUCCCUAAGUGCACACUUGUCCGAAACCCAGAUCGCUUUCUAGCUGCGAAGCCGUUAUUGCAUAAGUUUAUUCCAAAUUAUGUUAAUGUAAGCAACUUGAGAUGUGGGUUGAACGUAAAAGUAACCAGACAUGAAAUUGAAAUGAGUAUAGUAAGUGUCAAGUAUUGAAUCUAAACAAACUAUGAAAAUUCAGUCAAUAUGUAAGAUAAUUUAAAUUAUGUAUUUUAUUCGGUUGGAAACGUUACAAAUAAGAUCUGUGUUCCGUAUUGAAAUUUGUUUAUAUGUGGACAACACUAUAAAUGUUGCGUGUUUUUAUUUAUGAAUUUAAUCGAUUUGAAUGACGUGUGAAACAUUAUCGGACGCAUUCACUUCUUAGUUGUAACGUUUAGAGAUAAUGCAUAUAUGAUGUAAGAAGUGUAACUGUGUAAUUGAAUUGUUGUAAUAAUAUUUAUGACAAUAAGCACUUUCGGACGCGAUGCCGCGUUGCGUUAAUUAAGCCCACUCUAGGAUAAUUCACACCACUAAACGAAGCAGUUACAAAAAUUGAAAUGAUUAAAUAAUUAUAUUGUUAUGAUGUAAAGUAUCUACAGUCACAUUAUAUGUAUGUGUUAAUACUAUUAAAUAAUAAUUGUUAUCCGAUAUUGAAAAUUAUAUAAAAAUAUGAAUAAUGGUGUGCAUGAAAUUUGGAACGAAAUCAAAACGUUGAAAAUUGUGAGUCGAGCAAUAAAAUCAUCACCUUUUCAAAACA